ACCUACUCAAUACACGAACAAAGUCAAGUAUAAUCAUUACACAACAGAUACUAAUUGUAUGGUACCUUAAUGAUCUAUACAAGUUGAUUAACGCCAUGAACAAAAAAAUACAGGUUAGGACGACAGACAAGAAUGACAUUAUAGUUGGUGUAAGUAACACAUAAUUAAGGAGGAGACCCCCAUCUCACUAAGCAUCUUAAUGAAGUUACACUGCUGGCCAAUAUUAACAGUUAACACCACCUUAUAAAUAAAUCAGUCGUGUAGCUAAUAAUUAAUUAACACAAGGACUAAAUCCAUGUCCUGAAUCGCUUCCUCAACUCUAUUAGCCUUACACCGGAGUUGGUUCGUUUCCUCUAGUCCAAUGAUCAUAUUUAAUCUUCCCUUAAAUCGUUAGAAGAAAAUUUCCGAAACUUGUCGUUAUAAUUUGAAUGUAUCGAAUGAGACAACACCACCAUAACGUGUAGAUAUCUUUUCAAGAACACCGCAUGCUAUGUUUUUUUUUUCGCAUGCUACGUUGGGAACUAAUAACGUGUAGAUAUAAAAGUAGUUGACGAAUGAUACAAGUUUGUGGAAAUGAAUUAUUUGAUGGGAUGAAAGUCGCUUAACAAAUAGUGAUAUGUAGCUUGCAUGUGCUAGGUUCAUGAGAAUAGUUUAAUUUCGAAAUUUCUUGCGAAAGGAAGUAACUUAAGAUCUUAAGUUUAUAAAUAUAAAAAGAAGGAAAGAAAGAAAGAAAGAAAGAAAGAAAGAUGAAAGGUGUACAAAACAUUUACAACAAUGCUUACAGCGUCUCGUCCUUGCUCGUAUUCUUUGUCCUGAUUCUGUUUCGUCCGGCACUCUCGAUCAGUGCCGCCAAUAGAUUGUCGUCUUCAGAGUCUCUCACAAUCUCAAGCAACAGAACACUUGUAUCUCCCGGCGGAGCCUUCGAGCUUGGUUUCUUCAAACCCUCGGCACUUCCGCGUUGGUAUCUCGGAAUACGGUAUACCGAAGUCUCUGAGAAGAUCUACGCAUGGGUCGCCAACAGAGACAACCCACUUCUAACUUCCACUGGAACGCUCGAAAUCUCUCGCAACAAUCUCGUCCUGAUAGGUCAGUUCAAUAAAACUGUUUGGUCGACGAAUCUUACUAGCCGCGAUGCGCCGGUGAUAGCCGAGCUUCUCUCCAAUGGAAACUUCGUCCUGAGACACUCCGACAACAACGACGACCCUAGUUCAUUCUUGUGGCAGAGUUUCGAUUUUCCGACAGAUACUUUACUUCCGGAGAUGAAACUAGGUAUCGACCACAAAAACAAGCGCAACUGGAUCCUCACAUCAUGGAGAAGUUCGGAUGAUCCGGCGAGCGGGAACCUCACGUUCAACCUCGAAACUCAAUGGGGAUUGCCUGAAUUUAUUCUUCGUUCGGAUGGAAGGGUAGCGGCAAGGAGCGGUCCCUGGGAUGGAAUCGAGUUUAGCGGCAUACCGGCGAUGCAUAGAUCCGAUAACAUUAUUUCCAAUUUUACGGAUAACAGUGAUGAGGCCGCUUACAGCUUCCGUAUGACCAACCAUAGCAUCUACUCGAUAUUGACAGCGAGAGACCGGAUGCUCGUGCAAGUCACGUGGACCUCGACAUCAUGGCCAUGGAAGCUGUCCUUGGAAAAUUUAUUCACGGGUAUCUGCGAUGUUUACCAUGUCUGUUAUGGUCCGAAUACUUACUGUGACAUAAACACGUCACCUCGCUGUAACUGUAUCAGAGGCUUCGUACCACAAAAUGCCACUGAAUGGGCAGAGCGGGAUGAGUGGUUAGGCCGUUCAAUAUCUGGGUGUGUCAGGAAGACGCAGCUUAACUGUGAAGAGUAUCGUGUUUUUGUGCUGCUUAACAACACCAAGUUGCCGGAUACUAAGACGGCGACUGUGGAUCAGGGAAUCAUCGAUGAGAAGAUAUGCAAAGAGAGGUGUCUUAGCGAUUGUAACUGUACGUCGUUUGCGUUUGGAAAAAACGGUCUAGGUUGUGUGACCUGGACCGGAGACCUCGUUGAUAUCCGGACUUACUUCGAAGGCGGUUAUGCUCUCUUUGUUAAAGUAUCUGCUGAUGAUCCAGAUUUUUCCUCGGGUGAGAAGAGAGACCGAACUGGAAAAACUAUAGGUUGGAGUAUCGGUGGUGUCAGCGUUUUGCUUCUUCUGAGUGUUAUACUCUUCUGCUUUUGGAAGAGGAGACAGAAGCAAGCAAAAGCAGAUGCAACACCUAUUGAGGGAAACCAAGUUCAAUUGAACGAGAUGGUGUUAAGAAACAUAAAUUCGUCUCGCGAGGACGAAAUAGAAGAUUUGGAUCUUCCAUUGAUGGACUUUGAAGCUGUUGUCGCAGCCACCGAACGUUUCUCUCAUUCCAACCAGGUUGGAAAAGGUGGUUUUGGUGCUGUUUACAAGGGAAGGUUAAGUGACGGGCAAGAAAUUGCGGUGAAGAGACUAUCGGCAAUGUCAGCUCAAGGUACCGAUGAGUUCCUGAAUGAAGUUAGGCUAAUAGCAAGGCUUCAGCAUGUAAACCUAGUGAGACUUCUUGGCUGUUGCGUUCAAGCCAACGAAAAAAUAUUAAUAUACGAGUACUUGGAGAAUCUAAGCCUCGAUUCUCAUAUAUUUGAUAAAACCAGAAGCUCUAUGUUAAAUUGGCAAAUGAGAUUUGAUAUCAUCAAUGGUAUUGCCCGAGGGCUUCUGUAUCUUCACCAAGACUCACGGUUUAGAAUCAUCCAUAGGGAUUUGAAAGCAAGCAAUGUCUUGCUUGAUAAAGAUAUGGCUCCAAAAAUUUCAGACUUCGGAUUGGCUAGGAUGUUUGGACGGGAUGAGACGGAAGCUAACACGAGGAAGGUGGUCGGAACUUAUGGGUACAUGUCUCCAGAAUAUGCGAUGAAUGGGACAUUCUCGAUGAAAUCAGAUGUGUUCAGUUUUGGGGUCUUGCUUCUUGAAAUUAUAAGUGGAAAGAGGAAUAAAGGCUUCUGCGACUCGGAUAGUAAUCUUAAUCUUCUCGGACAUGUGUGGAGGAAUUGGAAUGAAGGUCAAGGUCUGGAGAUAGUAGACACGGCGGUCAUCGUAGAUUCUUCAUCACCAACGUGCAGGCCACGUGAAAUCUUAAGAUGCUUACAAAUUGGCCUCUUGUGUGUUCAAGAACGUGUAGAGGAUAGACCAAUGAUGUCGUCAGUAGUUUUGAUGCUCGGAAGUGAAGCAGUAUUUAUCCCUCAACCUAAACGGCCAGGUUACUGUGUAGCCAGCGGAAGUUCUCUUGAUACUCGGAGUGAAGAUGAAUCUUUUACGGUGAACAAAGUCACCAUGUCAAUCAUUGACGCUCGGUGAUGUGAUGAUAAUAUUUCAUUCAGCAACCAGAUGAAGGGCCUCUACCUAAAUAAUAAUGA